AUGCUCCGCCGCGCUGCCCGAGCCCUGCGAUUAGGGAAAGAACGCUACUUCAGAGGCCACGACUUAGAAGGUUCGCUGUGUCUCCAUGCACGACAAUCCCUCCCCGAUUGAGCUGACAUUGAACCUGACCUUUCGCAACGGCCGAUGUGGGGUGCUGUCCCGCCGUCAUCGCUUCUUCCAUCCGGUCGUACAUUCCUCCGUCAUCGCUGCAUUGUCAACGAAUAGGCAACAGCUUCUAUGAACGACCAGGGGAAGAUCCAAGUCAGUCUUUGAGUCCUCGUCGAUCAUCCCGUCUCGCUCUCGUGGCUGAUCCAGAACAUGCCUUCCCCUUCCUUCUCCUCUUGCCUCAGAGGACUGGCGACAAACGAAACGCACGAUAGAAUACGUCAUCGCACGACCUUUGGGCGAUUACCAAUUCAAUUCCAUACCCGGUAAGGAUCGUGUCAAGCUCCCCCGGCAUCGGAACCCCUUCCGAGAUCUCCACCUCUGAUCCGAAAUGACGAACUGAACUUUGGAACCCCGAUCUCCCCAGCUCAAUGGAACGGCUGGCUUCGCAAAACGCGCAAGGAACCGCCUACGAUAGAGGAACUACAGCAAGAUUACGAAAGGAUGCAAAAGUUGCAGACCAACGUCGAGAGGUUGAGGCACGAGUACGAGAUGGAGAAGUUUAGGUUGGCCGAAGGGAAGAGGCCGGAUUUGAGGAUUGGGAAUGAAGGGAUCAAGAAGGGGGUGGAAGAGAGCGUGCAUCAGAGACGAGAGGGAACGGAAGAAAGUGUUGGUGCUGGUCGAGGAGAGGAGGACAAGGUGGUGGAGCCCGCUGAUUUGCAGAGAGGGGAUGGGGAGGUCGAGGUUGGCGAUUGGAUAUUGGCUGAGAAGAAUCGGAAGGCAGCCGAAACGGAAAGAGAGAUGGCCCAGAAGAGGAGGGAGGAGUUUGGUCAGUCAUGCUAAUUUCCCUGUGGUAGACUAGAGGAGACGCUUAAACGAUUCCAUCUCUCCUCUACAGCCAAACAAGUCGCCUCGAAGCCGAGGGGCAAUCCGAGCGACUCGUUUCAACCUGAUGCCUGGGCACCGACGGCGGCCAAGCGGAGGUAG